AUGCUGUUUCUGCAACUUCCAUUGUUCCUGGUUUUCCUCCCAGGUGGUGACAAUGAAGAAGGCUUCCAGGAGUCUAUCUCCUUCAAACUCAUUGCGAUCUCAUUAUUUUACAACCAUUCCUGCACACAAAAUCUGGGCUCAAGCUGGUUGGGAGAGUUUCAGAUGCAAGUUUGGGACAGCAGAUUUGGCACUUUUGUUUACCUGUGGCCUUUGUCCAAGGGCAACUUUAGCAAUGAGGAGUUGAUGGAACUGCAAAAGUUAUUUCAUUUGUACUUCAUUAGACUUGCUCAUGUAUUUCACAACCAUGUCAUUCAAUGGAAGCUCAAAUAUCCCUUUGAGAUACAGGAGGCAGGAGGCUGUGGGCUGCACCAUGGUGAAGUGAGGGUUGCUUAUCGAGGAUCGGAGUUGCUGAGCUUUCAGAACAAUUCAUGGUUGCCCUCUCCAAAGGGUGGAACAAGGGCUCAGCUUAUCAGCGUACUACUCGAUUUGAAGUGAGUCACCUUGGAAAUAAUACAUAGGACACUCAGUGACACCUGCCCAUGUUUCCUCUUGGGUCUUCUUGAUGCGGGGAAGGCAGAUCUCCAGAGACAAGGUCAACCAGAGGCCUGGCUGUCUCUUGGCCGCAGUCUUGGUCCUGGCCAUCUGAUGCUGUUUUGUCACAUCUCUGGCUUCUACCCAAAGCCUAUUUGGGUGAUGUGGAUGCAGGGUGAGUAGGAGCAGCAGGGCACUCAGAGAAGUGACAUCCUGCCUAAUCUUCGGAUUUCCUUGGAUGUGGCAGCUGGAGAGGUGUCUGGCCUGAGUUACUGGGUGAAGCAUAGCAGCUUAGGCGGUCAGGACAUCAUCCUUUACUGGUGCACAGGACAGCACAGCUCCGUGGGCUGGAUCUUCUUGGCAGUGAUUGUGUCCCUGGUGCUCCUGACAGGUCUUGCAUUUUGGCAUAGGAAGUGCUGUUCUCCUGCUCCCAAUGCCCUUCCUUCUUAUCCCUCAAUUCUCACCUGCAUCAGUGAAGCGAUGGAAGUCACCUGUACAGUGACUUCCAUCGCUGUUCUUAGCAGGACACACUGUGACUCUCCAAGUGCUCCUAUCCCCUUGGAAUGA